AUGCACGCCUCAAUCAUCACUGCCCUCGUCCUCGCCGCCGGCGCCAUUGCCAGCCCAAUCACCCCCAAUGUCCAAAGCGACACGAAGCUCUCCCGCCGAGGCAACUCCUGCACCACCUCGAACUAUGAGAUCAUGGCCAAGCAAUGGAAUGUCUAUCUCGACAACGACGCCUACUACAACAAGCAAUGCGGCGGCGGUUGCCUCGACAAUAUUCGCGGUCGCUGCGGAUCAAUCGUUACCGGCUGGGGAUGCGAUCGCGACGCCAACGGCCAGGCGCACAUGUCUUUCAUGACUCCAGCGGGUUGCUCACGCUGGGCUAUAACGCAGGCACUGAACGCCUGCACCAAGAAAGAGCAGACGAUUGACUGCGUUUACGUUAAGAGCGACUAA